AUGGCAACGCCUGCUUGGCUCAAGACCAUGGUCGACUCCUCGCAUUACGAGUGUCCGACCCCAAAGCUACCCAACACCUCCAGCUGGACUUGGUUCUGCUGCGUCUGCAGACACGCCAACCAGAAGCCCGACGAGUCGCGCGACUACUCCACGUGCAUCAAGUGCUCGCACGAACGCUGCCGCAGCUGCUCCAUCCGCUGGCGCAUCCGCACUAUCGAGGAGGAGUGGACGUCACGUGCGGCCGAACACACCAUGAAGUACGCCAGCCGCCUGAUCACGCGGGAGGAGUACUACGACCUGAAGAGUGGCGACGAGGAGUAUGCGAAGCAGACCGGCUUGGAGACGGCUUGGAUGUGGGCGGAGCGUCGGAAGAGGGAGGGCAAGUGGGGCCAGGGACGUACCAACGGCGAGAGCGAGAGGAGCGAUAUGAGUGAAGUCGGCGAGAAGAGUGUCGUCUCCGUCUCGGAGGAUGGCAGCGUUGGUGCGGAGCGCGAGGGUGGUUACGAUGGAUAA